CGCAAAACGCAAACCGCCGAAGCUCGUCGUCAUAAUAGUCGUAACGUAACGAGAAUAAAACUAAACAAAUAAAAAGUUAAUCAAGCAAGUUUUGACUAAAAUUUAAUGAGAAGUUCUAGUGCAUCGUGUAGAUAGUUAUAGAAAGUCGGUUAUGUGCUUGUAUUAACAGUUAUUUUGACAUGGAGGGAUCACAACGCUUGCAAAUUUUGUUAUUGUUUGUGGUAUUUUCUCAAGCCCACUCCGUGCCGUAUGAUGUGCAUUGGCUGAGCGGCUCACAGACCAUAGACAGAGAUAUUUCAUCUACAAAACAAAAUAUAGACAUUUACUGUUACCGAGGCACAUCCAAAAACAUCUUGGCUCUAUGGCAAACAGCCAAGUUCCACAUAAGGAUAAAGAAUGAUGAAUUCAGCCAAUACCUUGGCACCAGCCCGGCCGAGGUGUACAAAGAGUACACGGAAGACAGCUACGGCUGGUCCGUGGUCAGUCCGUUCCAUAAGAGGACCUACAGGACGAUGGCUAUAGACCUGUUCAAUACUACAUGCAUGGCCAUCAAUACUAAACAUAGGCACAGUAUUGAGCUGCAGAUUAUUAGGGUGGACAUUUGGCGCGUGCUGCUAAUGUUCCUGGGCGCGUGCACUGUGUUCUCAUCGCGUGCGCUCAGCGGGAACCCGGUGUUCUUCUACCUGUGCGGGGUUCUCGUGGGCGUGUCAGCUUCGUUCAUGGUGCUGGUGUAUUAUAUCAGCAGACUUCUGCCUAGGAAAACCUUAACAUACGGCGUUCUGAUCGGCGGUUGGACGGUCGGCGUGUACAUCUUCCAGCAAGUAUGGGAGAACAUCCGAAACAUUCUGCUGUCACACCAGACGUAUCUGUUCUGGUACACGCUGGUCGUGGGGUUCAUCAGCUUCCUGGUGUGCUAUAGGGUGGGGCCGCCGAGGAAUCAACGGAGCAAGAACCUUGUCAUGUGGACGUUACAGGGCAUCGGCGUGCUAAUGAUGUUCUUCAGCAGCGAGUAUCAAGAGGCGUCCACGGCCGUGGUAGCCGUUUGUCUCACAGUAAAAUACUUCCCGCAGUCCGUGCUCAACUCUAUUUAUGGAUAUUGGCGGCGCAAGUUCCCGCCGAAGCCGCGACUGCUCACGAGUGAAGAGUACUACGAGGAGGGAGCGAGAGAGACGAAACAAGCUCUCGAGAGUUUGAGGAAGUACUGUUCUAGUCCGGAUUGUGCGCAGUGGAGGAUUAUGCUCAAACUUAAUGACUCUAAAAGAUUCGCAUCAUUCGUCGAAGGCGACUCCCACCUAAGCGACGAGGAGAUCCUCGACUACGAAUCCUACGCGUUCUCGACGGAACCCCGACGGAAACCCGUCGCCAACUCCACCAGAAUAGCCCCCCUGGACAUAUCGGACGAUGAAGAUAUCACGGACGAUGAAAUGUGAACUUUACGGUGUAAGGUAUAAGACUGAUUGUUUGUUAGCUAGUUGAGUCUAGUCGUAUUGUCGCAAGUAAUGCAUUUGACUUCAGAACUGCGGUUGUAGCAUGGUCACAUUUUUAUUGUCUGUCACGUUCUAACAAGUAAUUGCGAAAGUGACAGGUGAUGAAAAUCCUAUCAUGCUACCGCUGCAGGUCAAUCUUUUAAUUUUAAGAUAAUCUUUUUUUAGGGUUCUGUGAAUUGGAACUCUAAGGCCCCAUUCACACGACAGCGUUUUCAACGCGCGUUUGAAUGAUACAAAUGAAUAACCAUGUAUGUAUUCACACGACAGCGGUGGCGCUUUUUAUCAAGCGUUGUUGGAUUUCCGACUUUAAGCCUUGGUCAUUAAAUCGAAUUUAGAGUGUGGACAGAUUCAAGCGGUUUUUUAACACGCGUUGAAAAGCUGUCGUGCGAAUGGGGUAAGUGUCAUGUCGGUCUGUCUAUCCGUCCGCAUAGCUCCCUAUUUCACAGAAAAGAAACUAUUAGGCGUGAAAUUAGGGAUGUAGUUUUCCGAGGUUCAUUUUUUUUAAUCGCUUUCCAUUUGACCACACCAAUAUAUAACCUGUUUAAAAAUAACCUUUGGUUUUUGUUAAAAAUAUUUUCAUAGGUCCUAGGUUGUAGGUACUGUGUGUAGGUCCUAGCUGUGAGUACCUCUACACCUAGAGAUAUAAAAACUUUUUAUUUUUUUAUUGUGAUUGGCUAUACGUUAUACUCUUGCGCUUAAUGACAUAAAGAUCUUUGUUUGUCUUGAUUUUGUAAGUAUUUUUGUAAUUUUAGAUAAGUAUGCUAACUUAAUAUCAUAUUCCCAUUAAAAUGGAAGAAUAAGGCAUAUAUGUAUUAGUGCUUCUGCUCUUGUUUUUAAUUUUACAUUAUUUAUGGUACUGUUUGUAGUGUUCCCUUUUUUUCUUUUGUGGCUUUGUAGUCUUUUAACAUUUUACGAUUAAAUCAGUAAAGGCCUGUGCACACCGGCUGCGUGUGUGUGACGUGCACGUGCGGCGUUGUAGUAUACAGAUCCUUAUGAGAGACGGCAUACCGCUUGCGUGACGUGUGCGUGUGCGGCUCCAACAUUUUAGUGCACGCGUACGUGCACGUCACGCACACGCAAGCCGGUGGCCACAGGCCUUAAAUCUGCAAUGCAAUAAUCCUGAAAUUUUCGAUCAAUGCUUUCCU